UCAGCAGGGUUUGCAGCGGCCUUGGCAGCCGCCGUGCUUCAGUGCGGGGCGGGCGGGCACCGAGAGAGCUGCGGCCGCGAGCUGGGAGCCAGCUGCCAGCGGAGCUGCUGCGGCGGCACCUGGGGCAGCCUCCAUCCUACCGACAUUGUAGACGCCGCCCGGCAGCUUCUGCACCCAUUCAGGCCCAGGAAGGACCGGGCCAGACACUUUUUAUUUUGGAUGAAAGGGGCGAGUUCCGGAGGGAGCUUCCCUCCUGGUCUGGCUCGCUUUUCAGUGCGCCCCAGCUCUGGCCCAGGCUCUGGAAGAUGACUCCAGGGUCUGCCCUGUGCAUUUCAGCUCCGGGAGGCAGCCGAAAGUAGUAACACUUGGUGCUGGUAACACCUGGUGGAAAAGUGAGCCGAGGCGGCGCGGAGCCCCCUUGCCCCGCGAACCCGGGCGCCCGCUGCUCCUUCCACUCGGCUCCCCGUCGGCCGCAGCAUGAAGUGGCGCAGCGAUGGCCAGGAGAGGUAAGAAGCCCGUGGUAAGAACGCUGGAGGAUCUGACGCUGGACUCGGGUUAUGGUGGCGCGGCGGACUCGGUGCGCUCCUCCAACUUGUCUCUGUGCUGUUCCGACUCGCACCCGGCGUCCCCGUAUGGCGGGAGCUGCUGGCCGCCUCUAACUGACUCCAUGCACAGCCGGCACAACAGCUUUGACACCGUCAACACUGCCCUGGUGGAAGACUCCGAGGGGCUGGACUGCGCCGGCCAGCACUGUUCGCGGCUGCUGCCGGACCUCGACGAGGUCCCCUGGACCCUGCAGGAGCUGGAGGUGCUGCUGCUGCGCUCGCGGGAUCCCCGGGCAGGCCCAGUGGCACCCGGCAGCCUGCCCAAGGACGCGCUGGCGAAGCUAUCGAUGCUGGUGAGCCGGGCGCUGGUGCGCAUCGCCAAAGAGGCGCAGCGCCUGAGCCUGCGCUUCGCCAAGUGCACCAAGUACGAGAUUCAGAGCGCCAUGGAGAUCGUGCUGUCUUGGGGCCUGGCGGCGCACUGCACAGCAGCGGCGCUGGCCGCACUGUCCCUUUACAACAUGAGCAGUGCUGGCGGGGACCGCCUGGGCCGCGGCAAGUCGGCGCGUUGCGGCCUCACCUUCUCUGUGGGCCGUGUGUAUCGCUGGAUGGUGGACAGCCGCGUGGCCCUGCGCAUCCACGAGCACGCCGCCAUCUACCUGACUGCCUGCAUGGAGAGCCUCUUCCGGGACAUCUACGCGCGGGUAGUGGCCUCCGGGCUCCCCCGGAGCUGCAGCGGCCCCGGCUCGGCCUCCAGCUCCGGCCCAGGCCCGAGCUCAGGCCCCGGUGCUGCCCCCGCGGCGGAUAAGGAGCGGGAGGCGCCCGGAGGGGGAGCGGCGAGCGGCGGCGCCUGCAGCGCAGCCAGCAGCGCCAGCGGGGGCAGUAGCUGUUGCGCCCCGCCAGCUGCGGCCGCCACCGCAGUCCCGCCGGCCGCCGCUGCAGCCAACCAUCACCUUCACCACCACACUCUCCACGAGGCGCCCAAGUUCACCUUGGAGACCCUGGAGCACACGGUCAACAACGACUCCGAGAUCUGGGGGCUUCUGCAGCCCUACCAGCACCUCAUCUGCGGGAAGAACGCCAGCGGGGUGCUGUGCCUGCCGGACAGCCUGAACCUGCACCGAGACCCGCAGCGCGCCAGCAAGCCCGGGGAGCUGCCCAUGUUCAGCCAGUCGGAGCUGAGGACCAUCGAGCAGUCCCUGCUGGCCACCCGCGUGGGCAGCAUCGCCGAGCUGAGUGACCUGGUGUCCCGCGCCAUGCAUCACCUGCAGCCCCUCAACGCCAAGCACCACGGCAACGGCACCCCCCUACACCACAAGCAGGGGGCGCUGUACUGGGAGCCCGAGGCCCUGUACACCCUUUGCUACUUCAUGCACUGCCCGCAGAUGGAAUGGGAAAACCCCAACGUGGAGCCUUCCAAGGUCAACCUGCAGGUGGAAAGGCCCUUCCUCGUGCUGCCGCCGCUGAUGGAGUGGAUCCGGGUGGCCGUGGCGCACGCCGGCCACCGCCGCAGCUUCUCCAUGGACAGCGACGACGUCCGCCAGGCGGCCCGGCUGCUGCUGCCCGGCGUGGACUGCGAGCCGCGCCAGCUCAGGGCAGACGACUGCUUCUGCGCUUCUCGGAAGCUGGAUGCGGUGGCCAUCGAAGCCAAGUUCAAGCAGGACCUGGGUUUUCGGAUGCUGAACUGCGGGCGGACGGACCUUGUGAAGCAGGCGGUGUCUCUGCUGGGGCCUGAUGGGAUCAACACCAUGAGUGAACAGGGCAUGACCCCCCUGAUGUACGCCUGCGUCCGUGGGGACGAGGCGAUGGUUCAGAUGCUGCUGGAUGCCGGAGCUGACCUGAAUGUGGAGGUUGUCAGUACUCCACAUAAAUAUCCAUCCGUCCACCCUGAGACCCGCCAUUGGACGGCUCUGACUUUUGCUGUGUUGCAUGGACAUAUUCCUGUAGUUCAGCUCCUCCUGGAUGCUGGGGCCAAAGUGGAAGGCUCGGUGGAGCACGGUGAGGAGAACUACUCAGAGACGCCACUCCAGCUGGCAGCCGCAGUAGGAAAUUUUGAGCUGGUUAGUUUGCUGUUGGAUCGUGGUGCGGAUCCCCUGAUAGGAACCAUGUACAGGAAUGGAAUUUCUACAACCCCCCAGGGGGAUAUGAACUCUUUCAGCCAGGCUGCAGCUCAUGGACACAGGAAUGUGUUCCGCAAACUGCUCGCUCAGCCAGAGAAGGAGAAGAGCGAUAUCCUGUCCCUGGAGGAGAUUCUGGCCGAGGGCACUGACCUGGCAGAGUCAGCCCCGCCCCCCCUGUGUGCCAGCCGCAACAGCAAGGCCAAACUGAGGGCCCUGAGGGAGGCCAUGUAUCACAGCGCUGAGCAUGGCUACGUGGAUGUCACAAUUGAUAUCAGGAGCAUAGGCGUCCCGUGGACUCUGCACACGUGGCUGGAGUCUCUGCGGAUCGCUUUCCAGCAGCACCGCAGGCCUCUCAUCCAGUGCUUGCUGAAGGAGUUCAAGACCAUUCAGGAGGAGGAGUACACGGAGGAGCUGGUGACCCAAGGCCUACCCCUGAUGUUUGAGAUCUUGAAAGCAAGCAAGAAUGAAGUGAUCAGCCAGCAGCUCUGCGUCAUCUUCACCCACUGCUACGGGCCAUACCCCAUCCCCAAGCUGACGGAGAUCAAACGGAAGCAGACCUCGCGCUUGGAUCCUCAUUUUCUUAACAAUAAAGAAAUGUCUGAUGUCACCUUCCUGGUAGAAGGAAGACCAUUUUAUGCUCACAAAGUGCUGCUGUUCACAGCCUCCCCAAGGUUCAAAGCGCUCCUCUCCAGCAAGCCGGCCAACGACAGCCCCUGCAUCGAGAUCAGCUACGUCAAGUACCCCAUCUUCCAGUUGGUCAUGCAGUAUCUCUACUACGGAGGCCCAGAGUCACUUCUCAUUAAAAACAACGAGAUCAUGGAGCUUCUGUCUGCCGCGAAGUUUUUCCAGCUGGAGGCUCUGCAGCGGCACUGCGAGAUCAUCUGUGCGAAAAGCAUCAACACCGACAACUGCGUGGACAUCUACAACCACGCCAAGUUCCUUGGAGUCACAGAGCUCUCUGCAUACUGUGAAGGCUACUUCCUCAAAAACAUGAUGGUCCUCAUCGAAAAUGAAGCAUUCAAGCAGCUCCUAUAUGACAAAAAUGGCGAAGGAACAGGCCAGGAUGUGCUCCAGGACUUACAGAGGACGUUGGCCAUCAGGAUUCAGUCCAUCCACUUGUCGUCUUCCAAAGGUUCCAUCGUAUGAACCCCAGCAGAGCAAGUGCUUCCCAGGUCCUCUCCGAUUCUCCUGCUGCAAAGGCUUCCCACAGACACGUACCAAUUCCACCUGGCGUCUGUUUUUGGCUGAGCCAAGGAGCUGCCCCAACUGCCAGCUUCUCUUGAAUAAGCAAACUCGGCUCCCACGUGCUCCAGUUGAAACCCAGAGACGUUUCCCUGGCGGGCAGAUUCAACCGUGGUGGGGUCCAGAGCUUGAAGGUCACCAUGGGGCCGCCAAGCCAACUCCAACCUGGGACCGUGGAACCCACUGUCAAAUGAAUGGAUUGAGGCCUAAAAGCCUUUGGGGUUCUGACUGACACCUGGAGGACCUAAUAAUGGUACCAAUUCCGACGAGCCUGGUAUUAGAUGUUCAAGACCUUGAUAGCCGCAUCUGGGCGGCUGUCAAUCAUGGUAGCUAAUCGGUGAGGCUGUUACCCAUAAUGAGGAAAUCAUCUGGCCAAUUUUUAGGGGCGGGAACUUUUUAAAAUGUUCAUAAUAUAACAAAACAGGGCAGUCUUGUCGUUUCAAAUAUAUUUCUAAAAGCUUAACAGUUCAUUUUUAACUGAAUUGUGUUUAGGGAUCUAUGUUUCGAGAUUACUGUCUUCCUUUUUUCUUAAAGCAGUUAAGUCGCAGGUCCACACUGCAUCUGACAAAUUAUUGCUGAUAUUCUACACAAGGUGAGAUCAUCUUGCCUUAGUGCUCAUGGUUACACAAAAGAGGUGCACUGCCAAUAAUUAUCUCUAAUCCAAUAGUUGAAAACAACCUGCAUGCUAAUCGUGGUUUCGGGGUGAGAAUAGAACACCCCCACAUAACAAGACAUGCAUUUGCAUGGACCCAAACCUGUACCAUGUUAUGUUUUGUGCUUCCCUUUUUCGGCAAGGUCAAAGUGUUCCACCACUUCUUGCUAAAAGUCCACUUGGUGAGACUCACAUAUCCAUUUCUUCUCCUGAUUAUGAAUGAUUCUGGGGUGCUUUUGCAGAAAUGUGUUCUUAGAUGAUGCUGGAUGGGGGGUGGGGGGUGGGGGGAGCACGUCAGAGAAUUUAUUAAUCCCAGAGCUUUCUCUGUAUUCUCAGAAGAUGUUAAUAGUUUGUUAUAGCCAGAGAGUAUGACUAUGUUAGAUUAUUUUUAAAGACCAAACAUGUAUGAUAGAGUGGAUACUUUCUGUAUUCUGAGAGUGUACAGUAUAGGGUUAUCUAUAAUGAAAGUUUAUAUAGAAGGGUUCCGUUUGCUCUGCCAUAUAUUAUAUAUAUACGAAUAUAUAUAUAUAUAUAUAAGCAAAAGAGAUUGGUGAAGUGCCACAAUAUUCCAAAUAAUUUUUGAGUUGCGGCCUUUUUUCUCAUUCUUUGGUUGAAAAACCUAGGUACAAGCACUUAAAACUAAGAGAAGACUUUUACCCUUUGGGAUGGCAAAGUUUUAUCAAUAAAACUAUUUCCUAGCAUGCCCUUGGGAAGUUGCGCCAGAACCUAGAUUCUAAUGGAGCUGCUGUCUAUCUGUCCUGUUUGCUCCCUGAGCCUUUGAUCGGAGCACCAGUGUCAAGUCUGCUUUAGGCCACCUGUGUCUACAGCAUUGGCUCCUCUGGGACACACACACACACACACCUAAGGCCUGUCUCCCACAUGGUCAUCUGCAGACUUGCCCCAGCCCUUCCAUCCUCGGAGGAAGGAAACAGCUACCCGAGGAGAAGGCCAUGUCACAGAUACACAGUGUGUGCAUACCUGCUGCCUCUGUCUUCAGAGAGGCGGUGGGGACAUCCCUCCGCCUCAGCUGACCCCUCUGUGGAUGUCUGCUGCUAGUUCAGGGUCCCCAGGCAUUGAUUUGUACCUUGGCAACUCCCACUAGGGCUUCUGUUAGUUUGGUGUGCUUUCUCUGUCAUUAAAAGAAAUGAUUUUUCCCAA